AGGACUCGGAGUAUAUAAACUACUGAAACUGCCAAGAGAGGCACAUUCUACAAUCUAUCAUGGCUCUCUACACAUCAUUGGUACUAGUAACCGCUGCUUGCCUCAUAAGCUGUUCUGUGACGGGUACAGAACUAUCUAAGUCCACAGAACUGAAACCGGAUACGAAAACUGAAAAUGAUGAUGAAGUAACGGCCAAAAGAGUGGUUUUCGGUGCGAUACACCCUAUCAACCAUGGUUCCGGUGGUUCCGUCUCCGGCGGUGGCAGCGGUUACGGUUCCGGUUCUGGUCAUGGAUCUGGCGGCGUGGGAAUAGGCGUUGGCUUCGGUGCAGGUGGCGGAGGAGGUGCAGGAGGAGGAGGAGGAGGUGGAGGAGCCGGAGGAGGUUAUGGCAUCGGUGGUGAAUCAACCAACAGUAACUACGGAACUGGUGUCGGUUAUGGACAAGGAAGCGGAUCCAGCGGUGCCGGCUAUGGACAGGGAAGUGGUACUGGUGGUUCUGGUUAUGGACAGGGAAGUGGUACUGGUUAUGGACAGGGAAGUGGUAUUGGAUAUGGACAGGGAAGUGGUACUGGUUAUGGGCAAGGAAGUGGUUCUGUCGGUACUGGUUAUGGGCAAGGAAGCGGUUCUGUCGGUUCCGGUUAUGGACAAGGAAGCGGAUCCGGCGGUGUCGGUUAUGGACAGGGAGGUGGAUCUGGUGGUUCCGGAUAUGGACAUGGAAGUGGUACUGGUGGUUCUGGUUACGGACAGGGAAGCGGUUCCGGUGGUUUCGGGCACGGAGGUGGUUAUGGUUCAGGAAGUGGUUCUGGAAGUAACACUGGUGGAUACGGUCUUGGAACCGGAGGGAGCUAUGCAAAUGGUUUCGGAGCUGGCCAAGGUAGUGGUUUUGGCGGUGGAUCUGGUCAAGGAGGUGGUUUCGGAGGCGGAUCCGGUCAAGGAGCUGGAUUUGGUGGCGGUGUCGGUCACGGGCACGGACAUGGCGGUGGUUUCGGACACGGCGGAGGAUUUGGUCAUGGCGGUGGAUUCGGUCACGGUGCUGGAUUUGGUCAUGGCGGCGGUUACGGCGUCGGUGGUGGAUUCGGCGGUGGCGCUGGUCAUAGUAUCUUCGGUCUACACCACAAGCCUCAACUCAUUGGAGCCCUAGCACAUGGUGGCGGCGGUCAAUUCGGCGGCGGCCUCGGAUUCGGCGGCGGAGCUGGCGGCGGCGCAGCAGCUACUUAUGGCUAACGGCACGGGCCAUACGCAUAUAUUUCAACUCAACACAAUAAUUUAUCAUUUAUCAUUAUAAUAUAGCUACCGUAUAAUAUAUAAAAUUAUUUAUUCAUAUAUAACUUAUUUGUGCAUGUCCACUGACACAAUAACACAACAAAACUAUUGUUUAAUUAUUUAAUUAUUUUAUUGUAUUUAUUCAUUUAUCUAUUAUAAUAAUAUUCUGUUAUAUAUUUUAACUAUGUAUAUUUUUAUUUAUGCUUUAAACAUUAAAAUCUUGUUUCCGACGAA